CCGGAAGUAGAAAGAGGCCGGAAGUGGGGACUUCGAAGCGGCUCUGGGUGCUCUCUCCCUCUGAGGCAGCUCCGGGGGACUCAGGUAAUAUCCUUGGAACAUGGAACCCCAAGGGGGUCCCCGAGGCACUCCCGUCCACCUUUCCAAAGACGGCCCAAGCAAACCUUCCAUCCUGCAGAAAAAUGCCUAUGCCCGGCUGGUCCAGAAGCACCAUAGUGGACGAUUCCAUUCCUACUUGAACUACAUUGCUCAGAUGCUGCAGCUGGAAGAAGGCACCCCAAAUGACUCGGGUUUGGAUGCUGAGCCAUUGUUAAAAAGAGGCCUAGUGAGAGAGACUCUGUUGAAAAAUGGGGUGAAAGCACCAGGCGGUUCGCCGGUCAGAAUGAUGCAGCCAGGCCAUCUGGAGGUGGGACAAUCUGAGCGACCAAAUGAUGGCCGAGAGGAAGAUUUUGCCAGGAAGCAGCUCCGCCAUCAAAGAGAUCCCAGUGCUGGUAAAGGAGGCAGCAGCGAGGAUGUGGUGGUGGAAGAAGAGGGUCACCUUUCUCCUAAUCGCAUUGGAGAUCCACCUGCCCUCUUCAGAGUGAGGCAUGUACUAGGUAAUCAAGGGAUGAUGUUGACCAGACCAACUGUCUUUCGGCAGAGCACCUCCACUUCUGGAGAGAGGGACCGAGAGGAGGUCUGGGGUGACAAAGGUGGUGGCAGCGAUUCUCCAGCCGUCUUGGACAGAGCAGAAGGCUGUGCGUCUGCCGGACAGAUUGGUGUGGAUUCACCUACAACGAAUGCCGGGAAGGCUGGCCUCUUGUUGCCCAGCCAAACUCACGGUGUAGACAAGCGAGGCUUGGCAAGGACCAGAAACAAUUCUGAGUCGGCCAGAGCACCCCCAAAUGUGGGCAGGAGGCGACAACUCUCUGAAUCCCAGAUGGACGCUGUGAGCAAUUCGGACUGCAGAAUGAAUCUUCGACAGCUGGGGACUCCCAAAGGAAGUCCACAUACUGCUAGCUCGGCCUCUGGUGAGAGAAAGAAUCGGAAGAAGUCAACUCGGGGGCGGAAGAAAACCUUUGAAGCCUACAUGUCAAAGGAGGAUGUCUCAGCAGGUCUGAAAAGGAAAACGCUUAUCCAGGGACCCUUGAGGAUAAAUCCCAAGAGAUAUCAUGAAGCCUUCAUUCCAUCUCCAGAUGGUACUCGAGAUAUCUUCAUUGACGGGGUUGUCGCUCGCAACAGAGCCCUGAAUGGUGACAUUGUGGUGGUUAAGCUGCUUCCAAAAGACCAGUGGAAGGUAAUCAAGCCAGAGGGUUGUGAUAGUGAAGUGGAAGCUGCUCAAGGACCAGAUGCCCCUGGGGAUUCAGUGGUUACCUGUGACCUUCCUGACCCAGGAAAGGGAGAUGCCAGCAGCCCCGAUGUUGUUAUAGAGGCUCAGUUUGAUGACGGCGAGGUAGAGAGUGAAAAAGAGAUUGCAAGAGAGGCCCAGGAUUCCAAGCACCCGUCUCAAGGGGCUGGUGAGAAGGGGAGGGAUCCGGAGACUUGCAGCACCUGCCAUGUGAAGCAAGAAGAUUCCUCUAAGAUGAAUGAUCCAGAACACUUCCUUCAGAAAACUGCCAAGGUAGUCUACAUCUUGGAGAAGAAGCAUUCCAGGGCAGCAACGGGCUUCAUCCGUCUCUUGACUGAUCGCAACAGUGAACUGUUCAAGAAGUGCGCCAUGUUCUCACCCGUGGACCACAGAGUGCCUCGUGCGUAUGUUGCCUUGGCUGACUGCCCACCAGAUUUUGCCACCAGGCCAGAGGAUUAUGUCAACACUCUCUUCAUCUGCCGUAUUGUGGACUGGAGAGAGGACAGCAAUUUUGCCCAUGGGGAAGAGUGCAUCUUCACCAUUGACCCAUCAACAGCCAAGGACCUUGAUGACGCUUUGUCUUGCAAGCUACUUCCAGAUGCAACUCUUGUUAGUGGGGCUCAGGUAGCAGAGCUUGGAGGUGUGUGGCUCUUUUGA